UCCGUCUCACCUUGCAGCAAGCAACCUGCCAGCAAGGGAUGCGGUGUGGCAAAAGGGUUAAAAAACAUCCACAACAAAUAAAGAAGUAAAGAGGCGGCAGCGCAAGGUAGGGAUAAUAUAUUUGUAGAAUAGAGUGUAUAGCCUAAUAGCGGCAGCAGAUGGAGGUGCUGAGUAGAUCUGCAGCUGAUGGAGUGCAGGAGCAAUCGGAGGGCGCUGAUGGCCAGCAGUCGCAGAGAAUCACUGCUUCCGCUCAGCCGCCGAUGGUCCAAUGCCUCUCCAAGCUCCUUGCCCAGCCCGCCCCACGACCACGCUCCCCUUUCUUCUCCCUAUCCCAGCAACGACAACGCCCUUAUCUCUCUUCCCUAGUCCACACCCCAGGGGUUCUUCAAAUUUUAAUUCUCCUAUGUUGUGCAGGAGUAGAGUCACCACAGGACUACGAGAAACUCUUCACCCUUGAAUCUCAUCAUUAUAAGAAAGAGCAAACUUCUUCUCUGGAAGCCAGCCUGCCAAAAGUCAAGCCUGAGAGCAAUGACUUUGCGGCAAACAAACCACAUAAUGCGCACGAAGAGAGAGGGUUGGCUGAAAUUGAGCAACUGUUGAAACAGAAAAUAUUCACCAGAGAUGAAUCAAGUCGUCUGGUAGAAUUGUUACGAUCAAGAACAACUGAUCUUUCAUAUGUUGAUGAUCGUGCUCCCAAAGUUGCAGAAGCAGCCAUAGAGGCACCGCCUCAAAAAGACGUGAUCUCUUUAAGAAAGCAAAAUAACACAUCCCAACCAGAUCAAAUGAUGAAAAACGGCCAUGACACACUUCUUACAACUGGUAAUACAGAAGUUGGUUCUUCGCCUGUUGAUAUCGCUAAAGCUUACAUGCAAGCUCUAGCAGCAACAUCUGGUAUAAAAAGUCAAAGUGCAAGAUCAAAAUCUGAGAAAAAUAGAUCUAAUGAUGUUGAUUAUGCAUCAGAACUUUCUUUCUCACCAGCUAUUAAGGCACCCACAAGAUGGCCAGGUGCAGUUUUAAAGGGUGAUCUUGGCUGCUGCACUCCUCAAACUCAAAGGAGCAGUGCUGUGUUGCAAAUUUUUUCCCAAAGUCCAUAUUCUCAUACACUUGUCUCAAGAUAUACUUCCAAGUCUCAAGUUGGUGACCGAAAUCCUAAUGCAGUAUUGGCUGAAUUGAAGCAAUUUUACACUCCUUUAUUUGGAGCUAAUACGACAAUGAAGAGAAAGAGCUCUAUUUUGGAUGAUGACUUGAAAUCCAUUGGCAUUUCUCGACUAGUACGCCAGAAGAAUGUGGCAUCUACCGUAGCUGAUCCACCUGAUGUCCAAAAUUCUCUCCCUUAUCUCUCAGAAAGUUCUGAGAUUUUAGAGGGCUGUGAAUCCAUUUGUCAAAGGAAUGCUGAACAUGUUUUAAUAACAGGUGAUAUAAUGAUGCGUCAACCUUCUGGUAGAGAUGAAAACAAGCCUGCAUUUUUUGCUGGUUCUUCUACUGUUCACCCACGAUCGAGUGAAAUUGCUCGCAAAAUAUUGGAUGACAUCAGUAGAACUGUUCCUUCACCAAAAGAAAAGGCACUGGAGUUGACGACAGCAAUAACAAGGAUAAAGAUCCCCUCGAUCUCUACCAAUCUCGUCAUGGAUAGCAAGCAAAAUCCGCCCAUUGUGAGUGCUGCAGCUAAUCAAUUCGCAGACUGCCUGAUCAAGAAGGUAGACAGAGCCCAGGAAACUGUACAUACAAAUAAGCUUCCCGCCUGCCCAUGUCUGGGACUAAGCAGCAUCAAGGACUUGGCAUCAAGUUAUCCUCAAGGAGCAGCUGCUGCAGUGCAUUUAACAGCUAAGAAUUGCCCUAGUUUUUCUGACCAUGAUUCAAUUUUGAAGUCUUUAACUGAUGGCAUUCCGAGUAAGGAAGCAAAACUAUCUGGUGAGUCUAGCAAGCCUAUCGAUGAUGGAAAACUGAAGAUAUCUGAUAACGGCUCUGGCUUCACUUUUCCUGUUCCAGUGGACACUGUUGCUUUUUCUGAACCACCACCAACUCCGACAUUGUUCCCUUUGGCGGCAGAAAACAAAAACUUCUUGGGCACUGAAGGAAUUCCAGCAUUCACUUUUGGCACCAGCGGUGCUGGCAGUGGACUUGUUUUUUCAUUUGCUGGCAGUUCAGCAAAUGCUGACUUCAUUGGCACUUCAGCAUCCAAAUUUCACUUUGGAUCUGAUAAGAAGCGACUGUCUUUCACGGCAUUUGGCAAGAACACAGUUUGUUGUUCGCAAGUGGAGGGAAGAGAUUCUUUGGUAUUAGUGUAAGAGUAGGCUUCUGUUCUCACUUGAUGUCCAUGUGGAUAUUUUCAUAGUACAUAAUUGUUCUUUCUUUGGAGAACGCAACCACUCUUUAUGAUCUUUCUGCUGCUUCAAUUUCGGUUGUGAAGGAUGAGCUGUAGUGUUACUGUAAAUGAUGUCCUUCCCCUGAUUUGUUGGGCUGGACGAGUUAAGACAAUGGCCAAACGUUCUCGUUUCAUGACUUUGUGCGGCAAGUGAACGGAAGAUAGCAAGAGAAGGCGCAGUUAGCCUAUCAGAAUAUGGUUGGCGGGGUGAAAAAGUUCGCCUUAAUAGUUUUGUAUCCCUUUUUUAAAUAAAAAUAUGGUCUUUUAGUCUUACAUCCAGGGUGAAAAAUAUGGUUUUUUAAAUAAAUUUGGUGGGAAGAGACCAUUAUUA